AUGGCUUCAAGUGUGACUAUCCACGACAACAAUCGUCCAAGUGCCGACACACAACAUUCGGGCUAUCUACGACCGCACCUUGCCCAAACCGAAAGAAGGCCGGAUCAAUCGGCUUUCUCCUCCAACGCAUCAGACGCUCAAACUACAACGCAUACUAGUCGAGCCAGCAGCCUUGGGGAGGUAGUGUCGUGGAAGCCUUUCCCAUCUACCCCAGAUUCCCAUACAAAUGACUGGUGCGAGAAGAUAGCCGCAGGAGUGUCGCUGACUGACCUUUGGCAUUGCUCUCCCCAGAGCAUCGACCACAGCAUUGAGUUCGCUCUGUCAAAAGGCGAUACAACAUUUCAGUAUCUGGGUAAGACUCCAAUGUCGUGCGAGGAGCGGCGGAACCCUUUUCCCAACGUCGUGACCUCCUACAGGCCAAGCGAUGUGCGUGAUAUACCUCUGGCUCGGCAGAGCUUCUUUCCUAACGUUGGGGUUUUAUACCCUGUCAUCUGCGAAAGCACUCUGCGCAGUGCUGCAGACGCGGUCGAGGUAGAGGGAUUCCAAGACAACAUGCGCUCAUGCCUCUUGCUCCUCGUGAUCGCAACGAUCAAAGCUUUCAUGUACCCGGCGUUCACCGAAAGCGGCCUGGCAGAUUUUCAGCGCGCAAUGCACCUCCACAGCCGGGUCAGUGCCCAGCUGAAUCUGCAAUAUGUUCAUGUGCUAGUAUUUUCUGCCCUCUUUCUGCUGCAGAAGAGUCGCCUACUUGACUUUGCCACGGCACUUCAUAGUGCUUGCAGUAUGCUUCAGACUGUCAUCAAACGGGACCAACUCGCAAAAGUCCAACGGCCAAGGAAUGAGAGUAAUAACAUAAGGUUGUUAUUCUGGAUCUGUCACAACCUUGAACGAGACAUGAUGUACGAGAUCGACAGCACCCUUCCACGGAGUACAUUGGCUGAGUUGGAGGAGUUCUUUCCUCUUCCUCUGCCAUGCGACGAAGCCAACAACACAACCAGGCCUCCACACAUAAACACGCACUUCGUCUUCUUCCUGGCUGAAAUGUCUCUGCGAGCUAUAUUAGAGAGAAUUUUGACAAACGACAAGCUGGAAGCGGCUUUUGUGGGAUUCAGCCCUGCCCCAACUCAAAAGGCAGCCGCCUGUAACAUGGCUUUCUCCGUUUCUCCCGUAACACAGGAGCUACGGUCACAACUUGAUACCUGGAUACUUCGCCUCCCGGCAAGUCUAAGCUGGUCAGUCGAGCCGGGGGGUGGCGCUCUGUCGGCACAGAGCACACGCUUGAAGCUCCUGUACUGGUAUGCCCGGUUUUCGCUCCAUCGCCCAAUGAUGCAGCGAACUCUCGACGACGAACUACUCCCGCUACCGUUUCUACUGUGGGAGCCCUUUCGGGAAGGGCUUCUUCCCGCGCUCAACUUGAUCAAAGUUUUUGUUGCCGAGAAGCCCAACAUCGACGUAUUCAUGGCCACCAGGUAUGCAGAUCGCAGAAACAAACGCAACCCCUGUUCGACAGUCCAGACUCCAGAGACGCUAAUUGACUAUUUAUAG